AUUAUACAACUACCUGUAGUGCUAUCAUCACUGCAGAAAACCGUUUUGAGUGCAGCGCUUAACAAGCCCACAAGACCUGACUUUCACACCAACGGCGUGCCGAUAAAUUCGCUUAUUGAUGAGUUCACUUUAAAAACGUCUGUUGCCGCAUGCGGCAGUCUGUAUGCGCAACCUGCUAUGGCUUCAGAUGGCACUUAUCUAUAUCUUCUACUUGGUAGCUCUUUGCUAAAGAUUGGCACUGGAUUUAGUGGCUCCUUUAAAGGUCAUGUGUAUGCACAAAAUGACGAGUUUACCAAGGAAAAAUCUGGUUGGCUGGGAUGCUUCGGCGGGAAGCUCUAUUUUCGGCGUAAUGUAAAACGUUCGGCAGAUCAUCUGCAUCUUGUCAACACGGAGACGUUGACUAUUAAGGGGAUCAACUCUGUUAAUCUAGUACCCAUACGUGAUGGAUUCAACUAUGUCCUUUUCACGGAUGAAGACUCCAUUAAUGCUAUUUGCACCAAUAGAGAUGAUACGCUUGUCGUGAAAAAAUUAAAUUUCAACAACUCUAAUACUUACGGCAGCGACUCGACGACGCCAUUCGAACUUCCGCUCAAGCUGGCGCGUAAAAAAUUUCGCACACUUGGCUACGCUGCUUUCGAGGAUGAGGUGCUCAAUCAAAACCAAAUACAAAAAAUUCAAUCGUCAUACAAUAUUUUUGAGCCGAAAUUGCCCAGCGAUGUAGAAAUACAGGGCAUCGUUUGCGGCAAGGAAUUCGGUCUUGUGCGUGCAUCGAACGGUAAGGUGUAUUACUAUGGCAAGUCAGCAUCGCUGGGCUUAAAAUCUAUCGGACGUACGCCCACGAUGAAAAUGACAGAGUUGAUUAUUUCCAAAGUUUCAAAUAUUGUACACAUUGCUCUGGGGCAUGAUGGUAUACAUGCUUUAUUAGUAAAUGAUGACGGUACUGUAUACUUUACCGGUACUGCACGCCGGGGAGAAGAUGGUGACUCUUCAAAGAAUCGUCGCCAGCCAAAAGCCGUCAAGCCCAAAAAGAUGUCAAAAAUCGAUGGACAUGUAGUCAUACAUGCGGCCUGUAACAACGGCACCUCAGCUUUUGUUACAAAAACGGGCAAGCUGAUUAUGUUUGGCAAGGACACAGCGCAUUGUGAUGCCAGCGGUUGUGUGAGCGAUUUUAUUGAUCAGCACAUAACGAAAGUGGCGCUGGGUAAAGCGCAUUGCGUGGCGUUAAACUCUAAGGGUCAGCUUUUCACUUUUGGUUUGAAUAACAAGGGACAAUGCGGGCGUGUGUUUACCAAAUCCAGCAAAGAUAAUUGCGUCUCUCUGCAAGGUAGUGGGGGUGGUAAUGCUUUCGGCAUGGGAGCAAUUGCUGAUUCAGAUGGGAAGGAUUUGUUGGUGGGGAAAAAAUUAAAAUUCGAUUUCUCCACACUCUGCGACUACGAUGAUCAUCAACUAGUGCAAGGACAAUGUCGCGUCUGUGUUAUGUGUCGCGAAUGCACCGGCUACAACGUGUCGUGUGUUUCAACGCUGAAUGUGCCCAUCGAAGAGCGGUUGGCCGGAGCCAUAUGUCCCUGUGGUCAUGGCGAUGCUGGCUGUUCGAAAUGUGGGCUCUGUUCCACCUGCAUUUCACUGCAAGAGGCAGAAAAUGAUGCUAACAAGGACAACAAACAGCUGCAUAGUGAGUUGAAUCGCCAACGCUCGAAGAGUUUGAUAAUGCGCCGCAAGGAAAAAAAAUCGAUUGCGGAGGAAAGUGCCGGAACCCAAGCUACUGAUGUAGACAAAGAUCCACCUCGUGUUGCUCCAUUAGCGCCUCAAAUGCUCAAACUGCCCAGUAGCUCACCUGUCGUGCAAGUGUCUUGCGGUCUUCAUCACACUGUCGUUUUAACGUUAGCUGGCGAGGUUUUCACUUUUGGCAGUAAUCAAUACGGUCAGUUGGGAACGGGUGAUUUACAACCUGUAAACGGGCCUGUUAAGGUAAAUGUGCAAGGCGCAAUUAGCCAGGUCAGCGCUGGCAGCAAUCAUACAGUUCUGAUGACUUACAAAGGCAUGGUGUACACUUUUGGUAAUUACCAAAAGGGACAGCUGGGUAGACUGCCCAAUGAUUUUCAGCGCGAUAAGGCAUCAGGCGGUGGGGAGGAUGCGGGCGUAGCGUUCAAUAAAAGAGCAAGUAGUGAGCAAAACGGAGCGACCGUGGGUAUGAGCGGUGUGGGCAAGGAUGUCGGCAUUGCAAAUUUAUUGACACAGCGACAAAAAUUCCUUUGGCAUUGCGCACCCGGCGCGGUAUUCGGUUUGGGUCCGAGCUUUGGCAAGAAAGCCACUUGGAUUGGCGCCAGCGGUGAUCAGACAUUCAUCAAAAUCGAUGAGUCGCUCAUUACUACACACAUGUUGCCGAAAGUUAAUGUGGUCGCCAAUAAAAAAACAAUUCUACUGAUACCAACUAUUCCACUCACAUUCCACACUCUUUCGAUCAGUCGCCGUGACGGAAGUUGCACCGCUCAUUAUCGCAAUCAAAUAAAUUUUGUGCAAAUUAUACAAAAUAGUAAUGCUAAAGUCAUGCCGGAACUCAACCAAAACAUCGCCGCUAGCGCAUGCCCCUCGGUAGUAGCUAGCAGUGCACCCGCUGCGGUGGCGCCGCUGCAACCUGCCGUUGCUGGCCCCAUCAAUGAACAGAUGUCGCGUAGUAUGCAUGAGGCGCGCAAUCAAAUCUUUGAAUUGCAAGAGAGCCAGCAGGGAGAACAGCAGCAGCAACAUCGUCGGCGGCAACGUGGGCACGAGCAGGCCAAGAGUCCUGCCAGUGUCUCGUCCAGCGGCAGCGGUCAUGGCAGUGUUGUCUUGGACAAACCACAACCGCAAAUCGCAUUCGCCUUGGAUCCCCACUACAAUGUGUUGUGGGUGUAUGAUGGUGGGGCGAGGAAAUUACAGUGCUACAAUGUGCUUGCAAGCGAGAUAGCUAAUUGCGGUGUUAACUCGUCGAAUUUUCGCGCAAUUCUAUCACCUGAAUUGGCCUUACCAAACAAAACAGAUGCGCGUAUAUCGCGUUCACAAGCCUCUUUGAAUUUACUGGCAUGCUUGGAUAUCCUCACUUCGGCGCAGGAUGCAAUUCCGAGCUGCUUUGACGAAGCCACACCCAAGCAACAAAGUCAGGCCAAAGAAGCUUUGAAUAACGAGUACCAAAUUGUCAAUCGCUUUGAUAAUUUUGGCGGUGGAUGGGGAUACUCAGGCCACAGCGUAGAGGCUGUACGCUUUUCCGCCGAUACCGACGUCAUGAUUUGCGGCUUUGGUAUGUUUGGUGGUCGGGGAGAGUAUACCUGCAAGUUGAAACUAUUCGAUUUAGGCGCCGAUGGUGGCGGCUAUGAGAAGGAUGGUGUUCUAAUUAGCGAAACCAAGGAGGUGCCAUUUGAGUGCGCUGCACGCAGUAAACAUCACAUUAUGUUGCCGAAACCCAUAAGUGCUGCAGCAGGACGCUGGUAUUUAGUUUGGGCGCGUAUUGCUGGUCCCUCUUCCGACUGCGGCUCUUGUGGUCAAGCCUCUGUAACAACCGAAGAUCAAGUUGUCUUCACAUUCAAGUCAUCGAAGAAAGCCAAUAAUGGCACUGAUGUCAAUUCCGGUCAAAUACCAUCUAUUCUCUAUCGUCUCAUCACACAGGAAUCAAAACAGCCCACUGCGCCGGUUGAUGUGGAUCCGGUGCAAAAGAUUACAAAAGCCUUUGCGAAUACAGUAAGCAAGGAGUGCUUUGAGAGUUUAGUAGUUUUGCUCAAUUGGUCUUGGGAGACCUUUAAGACAAAUUUGCGCGAGCAACGCGAUAAAGGGCGGCAAUUGCAAGUGAAGCAAUCAUUGGCUUACCUAAUUUAUGUGAACAAGUCCUGUCUGCGUCUAUUGCGUAAAUACACCAACGAGAUAUAUCCCCAACGCGCCUCCGCAACAUUUGUUAACACGCUGGCGGCGACAAGUAUUGCAAAUGCGCUAACGAAGCUGCAGACACGCGCUGGCAAGACGGGGGAUGGCAAGGACAAAAAUUCCAAAUCCAUUUUGAGCAAUUCUGCGUCGACUGUUAUUGCGAAUAAUGUAGCAAAGUACUUUGGUGAAGCCUCAUCAGCAACCACAUCAAUGUCUGGUGCUCCAAACAACGGGUCGACUCGCAAGCCCAAUAUGGAGAAUAUACAAUUGGCCGAGUGCAUUGGCAACGUACGCGCGCUUCUUAUUGGCAUAUUUUGCGAUGAUGUUUUCAAAGAUAUUUGUAACGAAAAAGGCUUCGUCAUGGUUGUAGAAAUAUUGGAAGAAUGCCACAUCAGCUUUGUGGCCUGUUUUGAUGCCUUCUAUCCUACCUCGUCGCUAAAAUGGAAUUGCUUGUGCGAUCUGCUCUCCCAAAUGGACAAGCAAGGCACCUUACAUUCGCGGCUGUUGAGCGCCAUACUGGCUGGUCUUUGUUCUCCUUCGGUCAAAUUGCGUACCACGUUUUCGCUUCUUAAUCCAGGCAAUGAGCGCCAAUCGAUAAUUAGUCCAAGCGACAACUCUGGUCUACCAAUGUUGUCAUCCACUGAAGCACAUCAAUAUCCAAUACUUGUAGAACAAAUGAUCUAUCGUACGCAGCAGGAGAAAAGUGACUUUCUUAGUAAUUCGUGGACUUUCAAAGAUGUGCUCGUGCGGCUAUUGGACAUCAUCGCGAAUCCGAUACGCGCACGCAUUGAGAAUAUUUACAAUCGCAGUGUGCAAUUUAAUUAUACAGCUGCUUACGGCGGUAAAGAUAUUAAUCAAGGAUUGAUCGACAACUGCUGCCAUCUCUUGGCGCGUGUGUUGGCCGAAAUAGUAUAUCAAACCUCGUUGGGCGAUUAUGACAAAAUGUUUAUGCCGCCACGCAGCCUUCACUCUACCGGUUCCCGUUUUGCGCGCUGCGACCAGAGCCGCACUUGGAACACCGGUAAUUUCGGACCCGAUGCGAUUGGGUUUACUGUGGAUCGAGCUGGUAUUGCAAUUGCGGGCGCCAUGGUGUUCUCUGGUUCCGGUUCAUAUGAUUACCAAUUGGAAUUGUUGUAUGACAACACCGUAGAUUUGCAGUCUCAACACAAAUGGGAAACACUCGAAUCCGUAUCGGGCUCAUACGAUCAGGAUGUAGUACACAAUGAUAUGACAGAAAUAAAAUUUGAGAGACCGGUGCACAUAAAGGAAAAUGCGCGUUAUGCACUUCGCUUGUGCUCACAAGGCGCCCGCACUUGCUCCGGUGAUGCAGGCAUGCCUUCGAUACGCGGUCCUUGCGGCACUACAUUCCAGUUUUACUCCUGUGACUUGAGCUUCAAUGGCACUACGCCACAACGCGGCCAAAUACCUUGUAUACUUUAUUAUAGCACGCCCGUAAAGAGUGAUGGGUCGGGAGGUGGCUGUGGGGUCGGUAGCAUUGGCAACAGUGCGAACGGUGCACCACCCUCGAAUGAGGUGACCACUCGUGAUACUGCUUUGCAAAUUGCCAGUGAUAUUACAAAAAAGUGCACUGAAUUGUUGAUUUUAGCACGCAAUGCUUUGGCGGCUUCACUCUCACCAUCAGACAACUCAUCGAAUCACACACAGACUAUUGACUCCGAGCACAAUAUCACCCCAAUUGAGGAGCAUAUGGACAUCAAUUGGGCCAAUAAUUCUCGUACCUCUGUGCUACCUGUAGAUGCGAAUAUAUCAACUGCACGUGAUAUAACAAAGCGCAUUGAAUCUUUUUCGAAGGGCAUUAUGGAGACUUUGAAAUUUGACAAGCGCUCUACAAAUCCAUUUGAAAUGGAAAUCGAAAUAGGCGCCACAGAAAUACAUCCAAAAGACUUGAUGAUUGAGGAGAGUACAGGAGUGCAGGAUUUGAAUUUCCGUAAUGGUCAAAUAGCGAAGCUCAACGGCAAUGAACGUGUGGAUGAUGAAGAUGAAGUAGCAGAGGAGUUUGUGAAUGUGCAACAUCAUCAUCAGCAGAACAAUCAGGUUGGCAUUGGUGGGAUUCUGCGCUCCGAUUCGGAAGAUGUGCCAGCUACUCAGUUAACCGUUGUACAGAUUAUGGAAGUUUUCAAUAUGGCAUCAUCCAAUAUGUUCCAUACACUCUUACCGCUCGUUUAUGCGCAUAUCGCUAAUUUGGCAUGCAGUGAUCCAAAAAGUUCUGUUCAAAUACUCGGCAUGAUUAAGGAAAUACUGCCGCAUAUUGCCGCACUCAAUCAACUUUACGCUACGAAAGAUCAAAACGUUGCACCCAGUGCCGCAGCCACCAUUAGUCCGGCUGCGGCCGCGCAAAGCGUGCGCAAUGCUAUUGCCGUCGAUAAUCGUCAAUUCCGUUCGCGUAAAAAGAGCGAAAGUGAGGCACAAAUGCUAGGCGAUCGAAAUGCAAGCGAAACCAUCACCACUAGCAAUCAUUAUUGUGUGGUGGAGAGCGAACAUCCAUAUCGUAGCGCUACAAUUAGUUGUCAGCGUGUUGAAUUUCCUUCCUGUGUGCAGUGGUUAACUAUAGAGUUCGAUUCGCAAUGCGGCACUGCGCAACUGGAGGAUUAUCUUUUGCUUUCCAUACCCAUGCGUCCGACAAUUACCGAACCUUGUCCAUCGAAUGAAGACUACUUUGAUAUGUUGGAUAAUAAUAUGCGGCGUUCAAAUGGUUGCGCAGGCAAUUCUCUGAUAAGCAGUUGCUAUAAAAGUGCGAUUGGAAAAGAGGAGGCGGAUGUUGGUACGAGUAUGGAGCGCGACUGGAUUGUGGUGAAGAAAUUUAAUAGUUCUUCAAACUGGAUGCAAAAUGUUAUGAUUUUACCCGGUAAUUGUGUUGAGUUUUCAUUGGAAACAUCUUCGCUGUACGCACAGGAUCCCCACAUUAAUCGUUAUGGCUUUAAAUGUCUUGUUGUCGGUUAUGAUAAUCCAUCGACGCUAAGCGCUGCUAAUUCAUGUUUAAUACAACUGGAGCAGGAAUUAGCGUAUUUAGGUGGCAUGUGCAGCGCCAAUCUCAUGAAAAAGGACCUCAAUUUGCCAGACGAUAAAGAUAUGGAGGACCUCGGUGGUGUUGAGGAGACUAUAAAUAUUCAUCAUGCACUCUUAUCAAAAGGUUUUGCGCUAUCUGAGCCAGUUUUAACAGUACAUCAAGCAUUAGAAUCCUAUCUGCCAAUUGGGUAAGUCAAUAAAAGUUUAUUUUUUUAUUUUUAUCAAUAAUGAAUAAAACUCGAAUAAAAUGAUUGUGUGUGU